GGAGAAAAAAAUAACAAAAGAAGAGAGAAACUCAAAAGCUACUAAGAUGGAAUCAGAAUUUCAGCAACAUCACUUUCUUCUUCACGAUCAUCAACACCAGAGACCAAGAAACUCAGGAUUGAUUCGUUACCAAUCAGCACCAAGUUCGUAUUUUUCGAGUUUCGGUGAAUCAAUCGAAGAGUUUUUAGAUCGACCCACGAGUCCUGAAACAGAGCGAAUCUUAUCUGGGUUUUUACAAACCACCGACACAAGCAAUAACGUUGAUAGUUUCCUUCACCAUACUUUUAACAGUGAUGGAACAGAGAAGAAACCUCCGGAAGUGAAAACAGAGGAGGAAGAUACAGAGAUUCCGGCGACGGCGAUGGAGGUUGUUUCCGGUGAGGUUACAGUGAAUCCUGAAGAAUCGAUUGGGUAUGUAGCUUCGGUUUCGAGGAGUUUAGGUCAGAAUAAGAGACCAAGAGAGAAAGAUGAUCGGACUCCGGUGAAUAAUCUAGCUCGUCAUAAUAGUUCACCGGCCGGAUUAUUUUCCUCCAUUGAUGUUGAAACAGCUUAUGCAGCUGUAAUGAAAAGUAUGGGAGGUUUUGGAGGAGGUAAUGUGAUGAGUACGAGUAAUACUGAAGCUUCGUCUCUUACUCCUAGAAGCAAGUUACUUCCUCCUACUUCUAGAGCGAUGAGUCCGAUCUCUGAGGUUGAUGUUAAGCCUGGCUUUUCGUCUAGAUUGCCUCCUCGGACACUUUCCGGUGGGUUUAAUCGUUCGUUUGGGAAUGAAGGGUCUGCUUCUUCUAAGCUUACUGCUAUUGCAAGGACUCAAUCUGGAGGUCUAGAUCAAUACAAAACCAAGGAUGAAGAUUCAGCGAGUAGACGUCCUCCUUUGGCGCAUCACAUGAGUUUGCCCAAGUCUUUAUCAGAUAUUGAACAGUUACUGUCAGAUUCUAUCCCCUGUAAGAUCAGAGCCAAGCGGGGUUGUGCAACUCAUCCUCGCAGCAUCGCCGAGAGGGUGAGAAGAACCAAGAUCAGUGAAAGAAUGAGGAAGCUGCAAGACCUUGUUCCAAACAUGGACACGCAAACAAACACAGCAGACAUGUUGGAUCUUGCGGUUCAGUACAUCAAGGACCUACAAGAACAAGUGAAGACGCUCGAAGAGACUCGGGCAAGAUGUAGAUGCUCUAGUGCGUGAAACUAGAAGUUGGAGUAUGCGCGAGUGCUAGCCAGGGAGGGAUUUUGUGCAUAGAAGUAUCGGUUUUUCGGCCUUUGGAGAAAAAUCGAAGAUAGCCAAGUAGAGAAGAGAUCAUGAACAGAGCUAAAAUUUGGUGGAUGAUGGUGAAAAGGGUUUUGUAAAGUUGGAACCUUUUUUGGUAGGGAAGAAAGUAAGUUUGUGUAA